AUGGAUCCCAAAGUGAAGCAGCUAACUGACAUGGCCAAGGAAGUCAAAGAAAAGGCACACUCGUCCAUAGGAGAAGAUAAGUUCAGGGCAUUGCCUCCUGACUUCGUGCCUACCGAGUUCAGUGUUAUCUGUGCUCGAGGAAAGCGUGCCUAUGAGAGCAAAGGAAAUACUUGGUUUAGAUCUCUGGUGGCUCAGUACGCCCACAGGUAUGCAACUGCGUCGACCAAAAUGGAGAAGUCGGUGGUGGUCACAACUAUCGUUGAUACGGUUCGAAAAGCAAGUCCAGUAGGCAGCUUCAUCAGGAAGGUUAAGGGACAGUGGCAGGAGGUGUCAGAAGGGGUUGCCAGGGAACGUGUAGGACAAAAGCUAAGAGACACCAUCGAUGCCGACUAUCGGUCAAGCACCCACUCAAAGAGAAGGCGCAGGGUUUGUGUUGCGUUCGGCAAGCGUGAAAAGAGCAGUAGCAAUAACAGUAGCAGUGAAAGUAGCAAUGACACCAAACCAAGCGCCCAAAGUGAGGGCGUCAUCGGCAAAUCGGACCAGCAUGUGGAACACAGUCGCCUCGGGUUCUUGGAUGUUGCUAGGGAAGCUCGUGGUAUCCUUGAGCCUGCUGAUGUGAACAUGUCAGCAGCCUGUGACAUGCCUGGUCUAGCCGGAGUCUCGGACGCUCUCUCCAACCAGCUCCAACAAGAAGCCUUUGGACUUGCGGACGGCUUCCCCGAAGCGCAAGGUGUUUCCUCUGCCGGAAGAAACGAUUGCUUGACCAAUGCAGUCAGGAUGUUCGAACAACAUCCUUUGAUUCCGCAAAGGACCAUGGAAACUGAUGUUUCCAAUCUGCAGACAACGAAUAGCUUCGCGGGGAACUUUCAAGCUGAUCAGGGCCGUUCCGUCGGGCCCAUUAUUCAAGACCCCUUCCUCCCUCGAAUGAACAACUUUGCGGUAGGAGCACAACAGUUCCUUUCAAACUCGGCAACUGGGAAUGCCGAUAUGGGUCGUUCUGUAGGCCAAAUGAAUCAAGAUCCCUUUCUUUCUGGGAUCAACAACUUCCACCCAGUAGACAACUAUCGUGGGCUUCUUAACCGCAACAUCUCGGUCAUUGGAGACGAAGCGGCCGACAAUGCUGACACAAACGAAACCUUGGAAGAUGUCUUCAACUUUGAAGAAGUUUGA